AUGGAUGGACUUAAUGUUAACAGCUCGCCGAAUGCCACUCUCUCAUACUGUAACGACAACCAUGGGCCGGUACAAUCAGAGAGUUACAGCGACUGCGAGCCGGUCCCAUUCCCGAUUGCGAUUGUUGGCAUGUCAAUGAGGCUUCCCGGCGGUGUCAAUAGUGAGAAGGAGUUCUGGGACUUAUUGAUCAACAAGCGCGAUGGCCGUUGCGUAGUUCCCGGGGACCGAUACAACAUUGAAGCAUUCUACGACGAGACUCGUCCUGGUGCGAUCCGGACCCAGCAUGGCUACUUCCUUCAGCAGGAUAUAUCGCAGGUUGAUGCUGGAUUCUUCGGUAUGAGCAAGCUAGAAGCAGGGAAACUCGACCCACAACAGCGAAUACUACUUGAGGUUGUAUGGGAAUGCCUGGAAAACGGAGGUCAGAUCCCAUCUCGGUGCCGUGGAAAGGACAUUGGAUGUUAUGUGGGGGUGUUCGGUGAGGACUGGUUGGAUUUGAUGAGCAAGGACACCCAGGCCAUCGAUCGUUUCAGGGUCGUCAGCGCGGCGGAUUUCGCCCUUUCAAACCGAAUAUCCUACGAGUAUGACCUGCGAGGCCCGAGUAUCACGUUCCGCACUGGUUGUUCUGCGGCCCUUGUAGGUCUACACGAUGCCUGUCAGGCACUAUAUACGGGAGAAUGCUCAUCGGCGUUGGUUGCCGGGACUAAUUUGAUCAUCACGCCAACAACAACUAACGCCGUGUCGGAGACUAUGGCACUUUCCCGCGAUGGAAUUUCCAAGACUUUCGACGCUUCAGCAAAUGGCUAUGGAAGGGGAGAAGCAGUAAACGCAAUAUAUAUCAAGCCGCUACAUGCCUGCCUCCGAGAUGGUGAUCCAGUUCGCGCCGUGAUACGAUCUACAGCUGUGAAUUGCGACGGCAAAACACCUAGCAUAACAACCCCAGGGUCGCAAGCACAGGAAGCGCUUAUCAGAAGGGCUUAUCAGAAAGCAAGAAUUUCCGAUAUCAGUAAAACAGCAUUCUUUGAAUGUCACGGAACUGGCACAAUCGUUGGCGAUACGGCUGAAACAACGGUAAUUGCCAAUGUGUUUGGUCAGGAAGGCAUACAUAUUGGAGCGGUGAAACCAAACUUGGGUCAUUCAGAAGGCGCCUCAGGAAUUACCAGCGUGAUCAAGAGCGUACUCGCGCUUGAGCACAGGAUCCUUCCUCCCAACAUACAUUUCAAUACGCCAAAUCCUAACAUUCGUUUCAAAGAGGCAAAGUUGCAGGUCCCAGUGGAUCCAACACCUUGGCCUGCAGGUAGGUGUGAGAGGAUCAGCGUCAAUUCAUUCGGUAUUGGAGGUACCAAUGCUCAUGUUGUCUUGGACUCUGCCCUUUCUGUGGGUGGAGGACAGCAGUCCGGGGUAGACGAGAGACCAAGCCCACCACAUCUUCUGCUCGCCUCUGCCAAGUCGGCAACAUCACUGGAUAGCAAUAUCAAAAUAAUCAGCGACUAUCUAAAUGAAACCCCGUCUGCUGCUGCAGACCUUGCAUAUACGCUUGCGUUCAAACGAGAGCACAUGCCACACCGAGGCUUUGCCAUAAUGGAGAAAGACGGGACGAUUUCGACAUUCGAGAAAGCGCGUGCACUCAAUCCGCAGGUCUGCUUCCUCUUUACCGGACAAGGAGCACAGUGGCCAGGCAUGGGGCGAGAGAUGAUCCUGAGCUCUGAGAAGUUCCGGUUAGUCAUACGAGGACUAGAUGAGGACCUACAGCGACUGGAAACUCCACCGGAUUGGAGUAUCGAAGAGGAGUUAAUGCAUACCAACGAUAAAAGCCGAUUUCAAGAGGCUCGAUUCGCACAGCCGCUUUGUACCGCUAUCCAGGUGGCUCUGGUGGACUUUCUCCGGGAGCUUGGAGUCGUUCCUUCUAUUGUGGUCGGACAUUCCAGUGGCGAAAUUGCUGCGGCUUAUGCUUCAGGGGCUAUCACCGCCGCAUCUGCGAUCAAGAUCGCCUACUUUCGUGGCCUGGCCAUGGAGUCUGCAAAAGCAAAGGGUGCAAUGGCAGCAAUCGGGCUCGGACGAGCGGAUGUGCAGCAAUACCUCAGGGAUGGAGUGGUCUUGGCAUGCGAGAACAGCCCUGAAAGUGUGACGAUCUCGGGAGACGAGCAAGCGGUCGAUGAAAUGUUGAAAGACAUACAGGCACAAGGCGAAGUCUUCUGUCGGCGUAUCGCAGUCAACGUGGCUUAUCAUUCGCACCACAUGGAGGAGGUAGGAAAGCUAUUCGAGUCCUUACUUUCGGAGAUAUGUUUCAAUGAAUCCAUGACCCCACUAGUAUCCACAGUGUCAAACGAAACUGUCUCCGACCCGUGUGUUCUGAAUCCUUCAUACUGGAGGAAGAAUGUGGAGAGUCCAGUUCUGUUUAACACGGCAGUUGACAAGAUACUGAGUGAAGGUGAGCAGGCCUUGACGUUUGUUGAGAUAGGGCCACACUCGGUGCUUUCUGGCCCCUUGCGACAAAUUAUCUCUAGAGCAGAUUCCAAGCGAAGCUGUUCAUACACACCAACCUUCCUUCGACACACAGACCAAUUGAGAUGCUUGCUGAGCACGGUUGGCCAGUUAUAUACUCAGGGAAUCUUUGUCGACCUAUCGUUCUUAGUCCAUCCUGCAGCGACUGUGACAGACCUUGCUCCCUAUUCAUGGGAUCAUAAUGAAUCAUUCUGGAGUGAGACCCGCCUAACGAGGGACUGGAGGCUUCGGUCGGCUCCCCACCACGAACUAUUAGGCAGUCGAGCUCUAGAAUCGAGCGACUUGGAACCUGUAUGGCGGAAUAUGUUACAAGCGGAGAAUGUACCUUGGCUAUUAGAACAUAAAAUAGGGGGAGAGGUCGUCUUUCCCGGUGCCGGAUACGUGGCAAUGGUUGGGGAGGCUAUGCGUCAGAUAUCCCAGGUUCCCGAAUAUUCGGUAAAGAAUGUGUUUAUGCGAGCUGCGUUGGUUCUGAAAGAGGCGAAGCUGCAGCACGUUGAGAUUAUUACGAGCCUUCGACCGGUGAAACUGACCGACAGUCUAGACUCCGGCUGGUAUGACUUCACAAUCACUGCAUAUGACGAAGGCGAGUGGAAGAAACAUUGCGUCGGCCAGGUUCGGGCAGAGCCAGAUGGAUUUAGUAAUGAAUAUGGUACAGUAUCCUCAUACUCACGCAAGGUGCUGGCCAAGGAAUGGUACGAUGCUUUGGAGAGGCGCGGACUCGAGUACGGCCCCAAUUUCCGCGGGCUUCGCGAUAUCACGGCGAGCCCCACCACUACCGAGGCAGCAGCAACAUUAUGUGAACCUACCGCGCUAACCGGUAGCCACUAUGCUCUCCAUCCCGUCGUGAUAGACCAAUGUCUCCAGCUACUGAGUGUAGCAGGAGCCAAAGGAAUUCAGCGUUGCAUGACUCAAUUGUGCAUCCCCACCGCUAUUGAGAGUCUAUACGUCGCCCGUGGACGAGAGACGAUGUCUCUGAGAUCAAGAUGCGAUUCAGCCGGAAACACGUUCACUGGGGAUGCCUUAUUACUUGCAGAUGAGACGCUUGUGCUUUCUCUGAGGCGCUGCUUCUUUUUCGGAAUCAGUGAGUCGGCGAUAAACGAUGAAAAUGGCGCGUCCGCCGCAAUUCUGCAUUGGAAGCCUCAUAUUGACUUUGUCCCACUGGAGACCCUAAUCCCACCAAUUCCAGCAGACAUAGAUCGCGGGAGAAUGGCGGCAAAAAUGUCGAAUAUUUUCAUACUGGAGGCAUACCACCGGACAAAACCGUCGAGACCAACAAAAGAGCAUUUGAAAAAGUACCAAGCAUGGUUGUCCUCACAGUACGAAAGAAUAAGGGACGAGGACCCCAGCCUUAUUCUGGAACACUGCGACAAGUCUGACUCCGAUACCGCAGGACAUCUAUCGCAGAUUGAAAAAUUUGGGGAAAACAUUGCACACCCUUUAGUACGCAGUGUGUACACUGCCGCACAUGAGGUCCUGUCAAAUCUUCAGGGGAUUAUGGAUGACAGCGUUGACGCCCUGGAGGUUGUGAGUGGAAGUGAUGCCAUCACUAGUACUUAUGAGGAGUCCUCUCGUCUAUGUCCUGCAGGAAACUUCCUGUCACUUCUCAGCCAUUCACGUCCGACACUCAAAGUCCUGGAAGUUGGUGCAGGAACUGGCGGAGCCACCUCGGCAGCUCUUGAUGCGCUUUUUGAUGCAACAAAGCACGGAGGUCCUAUGUAUUCGACCUACACGUUCACUGACAUUUCACCGGGCUUUUUCGCAAAAGCGAAAGAGCACUUUAAGAAUUUCCCUGGGAUGAUAUACGAGACGCUCGACAUAUCCAAGGACCCUGAAGACCAGGGGUUUACUGUGGGGAACUAUAAUCUGAUCAUCGCUUCAAAUGUUGUCCACGCUACUCCAAGAAUUUCAACGACACUUCGCAAUCUGAAUAAACUUCUGGCUCCAGGGGGAUGGCUUUUCCUCACAGAGCUCUGCCCCACGCUGCCAACGUUGAAUUUCAUCAUGGGCAUCCUCCCAGGUUGGUGGAAUGCAGAGGAUUCAAGAGAAACGCCAAUGAUUCCUGUCUCACAAUGGCAUGAAGAACUUUUGGAUGCGGGCUUCACUGGUACGGACGUUGUCCGCUACGACAAUGAACCGCCAUACAAUACGAAUGCCUACAUCCUGUCACGACGACCUGAGGCCAAGGCAUCACUUGGUGGAGAAAUUGGCUUCCUUCAUAGGGGUAAGGUCCCUAGUUUGGCAUACACACUUGCACAGGCUUUCACACACCAAGGAGUCAGGGUCAACUGGUUGACCCUGAACGACCUGUCUUCUUCAACAACGGACGUCAUAUCCUUCCUUGACCUGGAAGGCCCUUUCUUAAGCAGUAUUUCCGAGUAUGAAUUCUGUGCCUUCCAACGCUUUCUUUCUCGUGUGAAAGGCCACUGCCUCUGGCUGAUGCCGCCGGUUCAAUUCGGCUGUAAAGAUACAGACCCUCAAUUUGGCCUAACGCUGGGAUUGAUGCGAACAGUACGGAAGGAGAUUUCCACUAAUUUUGCAACUCUCGAACUCGACCAGAAGGAACCGUGUGCAGCAGAAAAUGUCUCCCUCGUUUUCGAACGAAUCUGCCGGCAGUCGGGCAAGAACCCAAUCCACGAGGACUAUGAAUAUGUUCUAAAAGAUGGAAAAAUUCAUGUCGGUCGAUUCCACUUCAACUACCUCCACCAAAUUAUGGCUGUCGAUGAUGGCUUCGAACAGAGGUCUUUAGAUAUUGGAUGCUUUGGUAUCUUUGAUUCUCUGACUUGGGCCCUGGAUGGGCGGGUGGAAGAGCUUGGAGAACACGAUGUUGAGCUAGACAUCCGUUUUGUCGGGCUUAAUUUCAGGGACAUUAUGAUAUCCAUGGGGCUCAUGGGAGACACCUCUGAAUUCGGACACGAAGCCGCUGGUAUCGUCCGCAAGGUUGGAUCGGGAGUGCAACAUAUUCAGGUGGGAGACCGAGUUGCGUUGUUUGGAAAAGGUUUAAUGGGCACUCGAAAAAUAGUUCCUGCAGAGUCUUGUCUUGUUGUCCCUGAAGGAUUGUCCUUAGAAGACGCAGCAGCAGGUCCCUGCAUUUUCUCUACCGCUCUCUACUCCUUGGUGAAAUGUGGGAAUGUACAAAAGGGUCAAACCGUCCUAAUCCACAGCGCAUGUGGCGGAGUUGGCCUUGCAUCAGUUCAAAUAUGCCAGGGAAUUGGAGCCGAGAUCUUCGCUACAGUUGGAAGCCAAGAGAAAAGAAAACAUCUUGUGGAGGAGUACAAUAUUGCCGAAGACCACAUAUUUGACUCGAGAAGCGUUAGCUUCCAGAGAGACGUGAUGAAGGCGACCGGUAAUAGGGGCGUUGACCUCGUUCUCAACUCUCUUUCCGGCGAGCUGUUGCAUGCCUCCUGGAAGUGUGUUGCCCCCAUGGGCAAAAUGAUUGAGUUGGGCAAGCGCGACUUCCUCGGCCAUGCUAAGCUGGAUAUGGACCUCUUCAUGGCAAACCGAACUUUCAUUGGUGUGGAUCUUCUUCAAAUUGGCGAGCAGAACCCUGAAGUUAUUCGAAGCUUAGUGGAGCAGUCUGCUCAUUCUAUAGAGCAAGGAAAGCUCCGUCCUAUCCGGCCAGUUACUGUGUUCAAGGCGUCCGAUAUUGCUAAAGCGUUUAGGCAUAUGCAGACUGGCAAACACAUGGGAAAACUUGUCGUGGAAAUGCCUGAAAAUCCACACGAGCUACAGGUGUCUAAAUUGCAGUCCAAAGGAGCCCUUUUCCGCAGUGACGCUUCAUAUUUGUUAGUUGGUGGCCUCGGCGGACUUGGGCGUGCAGUGGCAAGAUGGAUGGUGGAGAAGGGUGCGCGGCAUUUGAUAUUCAUGUCCCGGUCUGGGCUGGAAUCAACCAAGGCUCGAGAAUUUGUUCAAGAUCUGGAGUCUCAGGGGAAUUGUCAUAUUCAGGCAGUUACAGGAGAUGUCACCAAUAUCAACGACGUUGAACGAGCUGUAUCUGCCGCGGGACGACCAAUAGCAGGAAUUAUGCAGUUGUCCAUGGAUCAAACGUUAGAUAACAUGGCAUACAAGGAGUGGACUGAAGCACUCGCUCCUAAGGUCCAGGGCACGUGGAAUAUUCAUCAUGCAACGCAGAAUUGCUCCUUGGAUUUCUUCGUCCUACUUAGCUCAAUCUCUGGUACUGCCGGCCAUACAGGGCAGGCAAACUACGCGGCUGCCAAUACCUUCUUGAAUGCAUUUGUCACUUAUCGUCAUACAAAGGGGCUACCAGCUAGUGUACUCGAUCUUGGAUUCAUGGGAGAUAUCGGCUAUGUCGCGGAAACGUCUCAUAGGGCCAGGGAUAUGGUUGAAAUAAACUCAUGGGAAGUACUAGAAGAGCCUGAUCUACUCAAGGCCCUGGAAAUACAGAUCAUGCGGGGUGCUCCUCACCUUUCCAUAGGAAUGGGAACAACAAAGCCAGUGUCAGAGAUUGAUAACGGCAGCACGUUUGGGCAGGAUGCUCGCUUCCUGGCGUGGCAUAACAUGCUAGCCGCUUCGGAAGGUGGUAGUGCAAACCAGGAUAACGAGCUCAAAGCCUUGGUAAACGCGGUCAAGCGUGAUCCCUCUCUUCUGUAUGACCCAGCUACCGAGACCAAGAUCACUCUCGAAAUUGGUCGAAUGGUUGCCUCAAACAUGUCAUAUCCCGAUGAUAUGCCAUAUGAGGAGCUUUGCGAGAUUGCAAUUGACUCGUUGAUGACCAUUGAGAUACGCAGCUGGUUCCGGCGAAAUGUCGGCGUUGAGGUGUCACUCGCUCAGAUAUCAAAAGCGCAGACCGUCAAAGGUCUCGGCGUGAUCACCAUGCAGGUCCUCCGCGAAAAGCACAAAUCCGGCGAGCUUGAGAACGCGAAGGGCUCUCUAGUCGGUAACGGAAAAGAGGACGUUGAUGAGAGCGUACUUUAUCGGGCGGACUUGGAGUUGGCCAAAUCUCUGGAGCCAAUAUCAGAGCGCGUUCCGUGUUGGCAUUCCGAGUCUGAAGGGCGAGUGUUUCUUACCGGAUGCACCGGGUUUCUGGGUGCCUUCUUUCUCUCUCUUCUAGUAAGUCACCCGCGCGUGAAGGAGAUUGCGUGCUUGGUGCGGGCACCAGAUACCUCAGCUGGCUUGGCCCGUAUCAAGGAAACCCUGGAACACUACGGACUGUCACUGGACUCUGAAUCUAAAGUCAUCGUGGUACCUGGCGAUAUCACCGAUUCUACACUUGGACUCGGGCAAGAGAAGUACGAACAUUUCGCUCAGUGGACGAGCAUUGUUUUCCAUCUCGCCGCCCAAUGCAACUACAUGCCUUCAUAUUCGGAUCUUCGCAGUGCCAAUAUUCAUGGGUUUUCGAAUAUUCUCCGGUUCGCCAAUACGAAGCGCCUGAAGCCAGUACACUAUACCUCCAGUAUCUCAGCCUGCGGUACAUCUGCAUAUCUCGAGGGUAGGGAGCUUAUCGGCGAAAAUGAAAGACCCGUCCUCAAAGCCACGGACUCAGAAAGAAAGCUCGUCGGUUACAGUGAGACCAAAAUCGUCGCCGAAAGCAUUGCCUGGGACGCCAUUGCAAACGGCAUUCCAGUAACCAUACAUCGCCUACCGGUCAUAUCCGGCCACAGCAAAACGGGAAUCGCCAAUCCUGCGGACGGUUUCCAACAUCUGAUGGUCAGCGCCAUUCGCGUUGGAUGUUAUCCCUCUCCACCGGCCGCCCGCUGCCAGAUAAUUCCAGUCGACUACGCAAGCUCGGCGAUCCUGCAAAUCGCGCUUAGCGGUCACCACAGCCAUGCCUAUAAUCUUGUCAGACCCGAUCAGUCUCACACGCUGACUUGGAACGAGGUCCUGGGCACAGUGGCACAUUAUUCGUCGCCCCCGUUGAAAGAGGUAUCGCCUUCGGAGUGGACUGAUAUUGUAGCAACACAUGGCCAGCAGCGCCUUAAAGUCGCAUCAUCAUACUUGCAGGAUAAGCUUCGGGAACAGUUAGUUUACUGGGAGGUGGAAACCAUGACGAAGACCGUAUACGAAAACGCGCAUAGUCGUCGUGUCUUGCUUGAGUCGGCGGAUAUGCCGGAGUUGCCUUCUAUGCCUGACCUGUUGAGUACAUACUUCAAGGUCUGGCAAAAACAGGAGCAACACCGGUGA